AUGACUACUCAACAGCAAUACUUGGAGUCAAUAGUAAAAGAUCCUACCAAUUCCCAUUCAUACUAUAACCUUGCAGAAUCACUUUCAAAUGACGAAUCAAUCGUACUUUCAAAUGGACAAUCUUUUACGAAACAACAACUAUACUUGAAAGCAAUAGAAUGUGAUCCAACCAAUUCCAACUCUUAUGCUAACCUUGCAAUGACACUUGAAAGUUGUGAAUCAAUCAUACUUCCGAAUGGACAAUCAAUGACAGAACAACAACUAUACUUGAAAGCAAUAGAGUGUGAUCCUACCGAUUCCGAUUCUUAUUAUAACCUUGCAACGACACUUUCAAAUGGUGAAUCAAUAACACUUCCGAAUGGACAAUCAAUAACAAAACAACAACUCUACUUGAAAUCAAUAGAGCUUGGUCCAACUGAUUCAUAUUCAUAUCAUGAGCUUGCAACGACACUUUCAAGUGGCGAAUCAAUCACACUUCCUAAUGGACAAUCAAUGACAGAACAACAACUAUACUUGAAGGCAAUAGAGUAUGACCCAACAAAUUCCAGUUCAUUUCAUAUCUUGGCAUCGACACUUUCAAGUGGCGAAUCAAUCAUACUUAACAAUGGACAAUCAGUUACAAAACAACAACUGUUAUUAAAAGCUAUAGAAUAUAAUCCAACCGAUUCAUAUUCAUAUUAUAACAUUGCAACGACACUUUCAAGUGGUGGAUCGAUCACACUUAACGAUGGUCAGACAAUGACAAAGCAACAACUACUUUUAAGAGCAAUAGAAUUUGAUCCAACCAAUACAUUUUCAUAUUCAAGCCUUGCGAUGACACUUGAAAGUGAUGAAUCAAUCACUCUUCCAAAUGGAGAAGAAAUGACUGGACAACAACUAUGCUUAGAAGCAAUAGAAUGCGAUCCAACCAAUUCCCAAGCAUAUCAUAACCUAGCAACGGCACUUGAAAGUGAUGAAUCAAUCACACUUAUUGACGGAGAUGAAAUGACAAAACAACAACUAUUCUUGAAAUCAAUAGAAUGCGAUCCAACCAAUUCCAACUCAUAUAAUAUGCUUGCAAAUUCAAUUGCAAUUGGUGAAUCAAUCACUCUUCAUAACGGUCAAUCAAUGACAGACCAACAACUAUACUUGAAAGCAAUAGAGUGUGAUCAAACCAAUUUCAAUUUUUAUUAUAAUCUUGCAGAAACACUGGCAUGUGGCCAAUCAAUAACACUCCCUAUUGGACAAUCAAUAACAAAACAACAACUCUACUUGAAAUCAAUAGAAUGUGGUCCAACCUUUUCCCCUUCAUAUCAUAAACUUGCAACAACACUCAUCGGCGAUCAAUCAAUCACACUUCCUAAUGGACAAUCAAUGACAGAACAACAAUUAUACUUGAAAGCAAUAGAGUGUGAUCCAAACAAUUCACCGUCCUAUAAUAACCUCGCAACCACGCUUACACCUGACACAUCAAUCACACUUUUAAAUGGAAAAUCAUUGACCGCACAACAACUCUACCUGAAAGCAAUAGAAUGUGAUCCAACCAAUUCCCAUUCUUUUAGUAAUCUUGCAUCGACACUUUCAAGUGGUGAAUCAAUAAUACUAAAUGAUGGUCAAGCAAUGACUGCGCAACAACUAUACUUGAAAUCAAUAGAACUUGAUCCAACCGAUUCCGAUACAUAUUAUAACCUUGGACUUACCCUUUUGGACAACAAACAAACCAUUACACUUCCAAAUGGUGAACAAAUGUCAAGGAGACAACUAAUUCAAAAAGCAAGAGAAUAA